UUUGUCUCUCAGAGUCUGAUUCACUGCCCAAUUAUAGAUGCGGCUUUGUGACCGCAUGGACAUUUGGUUUGAAGGGGGCUGACCAGCGUAGCGAUUUUUGGGGAUAUUUAUUAUAGACAAGUAUACGACUUGAGAGAACAAAAAGACACAUUUUCAAGUUUUUCAAAGCUCUGUAAAUGAAUAUUUCUAGAAAUCAUGGGUCUCCAUUACCUGCUGCUGUAAACUCAACGUUAGAAACCAGACAGUUGGUCAACGCCAAGCUAUCCCAGAACGCUUCUUUGGUUGCGCCCAACAGUUCCUUCUGUAGCCUUGAACUUGACAACAUUGAGCUUCCGGUCAUCCUUUUUGUCACUCUGACCAUCAAUAUCUUGGCAUCUGCAGUGCUUUUGCGCAUGCGUGGCACUUGUGACACAUUGGAUCACCAUCUUGUGUCGCUGUUGAAUGUUAAUGAUCUAAUAUCCACUGUUAUCUUCACCAUCAUGUGGUUGUCUGGCUGGGCCUCGUGUAACAAACUCCUGAAAAUGUCAAUAUUCUGCAACAUAUUCGGCUGGCUGGGCAGUGCAUUGGUGGUUUGGUCAGCUGGUAUCAUAGUUAUUAUGACUAGUUGCAGAUACUUAUCCUUGGUCAAGCCGCUCUACUAUAGGACGAAUGUCACAGUGACCAGUGUCACACGUGCAGUGGUUGGGACAUUCAUCUUCUGUCUUCUGUUCUUUAUCUGGCCUUUCACUGGACUGACAGAACCGUUUACUUUGUAUGAAGACAACCACAUUUGUUCCACACAGUUUGCACCCGGUGGUGCGGGACUUGGUCAACGGAUAUUCAUCGGCUUCACAGGGGUGGCUGGAUGUUUGACUGUUGUCCAUGUCCUAGUCUGUAACUUGACCAUCGUCAAGACUCUGAGACAAAGGAACUCCAUACGAUCUCAGGGAGGAAGUGUCCGGUCCGACACACGGACCAACGCACAUGGCAAAAGACGGAAAUUUGGUCACGUGACGCUGGUGGUUUCCUUCGUCUAUGCUCUGUGUUAUGCCCCUUUCGUGGUACGAUUAGUAAUAGACACCAUCAAUGACGUCCAGCAUCAGGACCUGAUGAUCCAUUCUGUCACCCUAAGUCUGCUGUUUCUCAGCCCUCUCCUUAACCCCAUCGUCUACGGUGUUUUCAACCGACAGUUUCGGAGGACUCUGUUUCGCUUCUUCCAGUGCCCAGGCAGGAACCAGCCCAAAACUCCCCGCAGCUGGGAGGAGAGCUGGACCAACAAUGGCAGGGCGUACCAGCAGAGGGGCGCCCGAGAGGGUCAGAGGGUGAAGGUGCCCCCGGACAGGUCGUCCGCCUCGCUGAGCUCCAUGGUGGAGAGGAAGUGCAGCCGUGGUUCCGUGGUUCAGGUCCGGGAGACCGAGGUGACCAUCACAGGGUAUGCCUCUACCUUUGAGAUGUUUUCAUUUUCAUGUGAUUGACAGGUUGGGGGGGGGGGGGGCGAGAGAAAUAAUCACUGCCUAAACUUGAUGGCUGGACUCACAAAGUCUCUAAGAUAUAUUGAGAUGACAAAAUAAUUCAUUACAUUUUUUUAAAAUGCUACAACUACGCUUGCAGUGUGAUCAUUUAAUGUUAUAUGUUCAUGUAGUUUUCUGUAAUGCUUUUUUUUUUUUGGGCGUGCUUAAUCCCCCCCCCCACCCCAAAUUUCAUAACAUGAACAUCUUUUUUCUUUCUUAUUCUUAGCUAGCUGCAUUCACACAUAUAUCUUCAUUCAACCUGUUCAAAUCGCUUAUGUUAUUUCUUUUAAAACUAUAAUUGUAUUCAUAAUGUAAUUUGAUGUUAGAAAUGAUGAAUGAAUGCAAGGUGAAUUUUACUGAAUGCCAGUAAAUAGCAAUGGAAUGAUGUUCACAUACAUGUCAUGUAAAUAAUGUUGUGAUAUAUAUAUUAAACAUAUUGGCUUUUGUAGUUUUAAAAA